UCGCCAGGCCCGGGCGGGGAGGAGCCGCCGGCCCCGGCCCCUGGCGCGUCUGGCUGCAGGGAGCGGCUGCGCCGCGCUCCCCGCCCGGGCCAUGGAGGGGCCGCGGCUGGUGGCCGAAGUGGGCGCGCGGUGCCUGCUCGUCGGGGCCUUCCUGAUCAUGGAACAACUGCCUCCAUUUCAACGUGUCAUACAGCCUGAAGAGAUGUGGCUUUAUAAAAACCCAUACAUAGAAGCAGACCAUGUACCCACCAAGCUCAUGUUUUUAAUUUCAUUUUUGUGUCCCCUGAUGUUCAUCCUUCUGGCAAAAUUCUUCAUGAAAGUUGACCGCAGAGACACGCAGGAGGCCUUUUUGGCUGCCAGCCUUGCUCUUGCCCUGAACGGGGUCUUCACAAAUGCUGUGAAGCUAGUUGUGGGAAGGCCACGGCCGGAUUUCUUCUUCCGCUGCUUUCCGGAUGGACAGGCAAACGCCAAGCUGGUGUGCACCGGUGACCUGGACGUGGUGACUGAGGGACGCAAGAGCUUCCCGAGUGGGCAUUCCUCUUUCGCCUUUGCUGGUCUUGCCUUCUCUGCCUUCUACCUGGCAGGAAAGCUGCACUGCUUCGCCCCUGGCGGGCGUGGAAAAUCCUGGCGGCUCUGUGCCUUCUUAUCACCACUGCUCUGCGCUCUCCUCAUCGCUCUGUCCCGCACCUGCGAUUACAAGCACCACUGGCAAGAUGUGCUGGUUGGCUCAGCGAUUGGCUUCACAUUUGCAUACCUAUGCUACAGGCAGCAUUACCCUUCCCUGACUGACUCAGACUGCCAUAAACCAUUGCAGUGUAAAUCCAAACUACCACCAGCACAGGAGCAAAAGCUGGCCAGCUCCAGCUUCCACCUGGAAAUAUAAUGACGGGAUCCACUUUGCUGGGACCAGCCCCUGGGUAAUCAUUCCUUCCACUCUUCAGCCCGCAGCGUGGGGAAGAGUACAGGCUUUGGGACUAUCGCUUGCUGCCUACCUGGUGAAGUAACCCAGUAACCCAAGGAGGAUGCGGCUGAUAGAUGAAUAGGAAUUACUCCCCUGAACAUGCAGUAAGUGGUCCUGCUCAGCAGGCCUCGGCUCGUACCGUUCUUGUUUGAGAGAUGCUCCCCUCUUUCAGGCGAGCCCUGGAGGAAGCUGUGUAAGUGACUGUACUCCAGCCUGCAGGAGGGAGGGAAGUAGGCUGGCUACGACACCAUCUAAAGUAAGAACUGGCUCUCUGUGAGGGGAGGCUUGGUGGAAAUCCUGUAGGUGCAUGGGGCCAUGUAGUAAUGUGCAGGGAAGUCAGCCCUCUCCAAUGGAAAAUGUCAUUUUAUGAAAGGCCAGUAUGCACAUAGGAAGAGCCGGUCAGUGGUGUGUUGUGGGUACACAGCAUUUACUGUGUGUAUUUAGAGACAGCACCUCCUUGGCCCACCCUGCAGCCUGGGCACACUAGUGUGGUUUUGGUGAAAAAGCUCUGUCCUACAGCAGGUCCAACAGAUGCUGGGCUGAUGUCCUGGUGUGGCACCCUGGCUGGCUUUGGAAUCUCUCCAUGUCAUAUUGUUGGACACUACACAGACUGCUUCAGUCCAUUUGUAAAUACAUUUGCUUCCAGAAUCCUGCCCUAACUCUCACUUGAGGAUAGCUGGACAGUGUCUUCAGCACUCUGGUCGGUUUUAAUCCGGUCCUGUAUUCCCACAUCCUCCCAAGGCCACGAUCAGCACUGUAGUGCUAGGGAGCUGUCUGACCGGCAUGACUGUCUAAUACCAUAAGGGGCUGUCACUCAUGGUCCCACUGUUAAGAAUUACAGCUAAGCUGGGGGCGCGCACUGUGAUGUUUUAUAUUUAAUUCCAACCUAGAAGCACCAGGGCAGUGAGAUGGUGUCUGUACAGCACUGUCCAUGGGCUCACUGCUUUGUAGGUAGGAUGCGUCGCUCUGUCUGUAACUGUUAAAGGUGAAAGGAUGCAGCAUCCUUCCUUGUAGAAUGUUUCCCUGUGGACCAACUCAGCAAUUUGCAUUCUUGUUUCAUAGGAAAUAUGUUAAUUUCUUACGUACUGUAUCCCUAACAUUAAGUACUGGAAUUGUUGACUGUGCCAAGCUAAGGCCUGUGAAGUACAUCCUGUUAAUCACACCUAAAAUAGUUCAGAGCAAGAGCAAGGGCUCAGCCUUCUUGUGGUUUUUGGGGGAGGAAAAGCAGCAUAGUACCUGAAUCAUGUCAUUUCCUGGAUUUUUUAAUGUCAAAUAAAAAAGCUGAUUUUAAUUCA